AUGGACAUCACCGUUCUGCCCAACAAUAACCAUCCAGAGAAACUUCUCCAGCUCGACGUGGGGAUGCUACCAGCUACCCACGGAAUGUUCCAGAUUGGGGCAGUGCUUUCCAGCCAGAAGCAAUGGCACAACAAAUUAUAUUCACAGAGAGAGCAGAGGGGCGUGAGAGGGGCAGAAAAGCUGCCACCAUCGGGGGGCAGUCCCAAGCUCAGCGACAGAGAGCUGGAGCAGCACGUCACACCACUCACACUGAAACCAAAACUCAAACAAAAUCCCCUCUACACAGACACAAGGACUGUUACUGAAGAGAACCAGAGGUCCAGACCCUGCUGGACAAUUGAGGACUAUGACAGACAGUCUGCGAACGGCAACCUGGCCGAUUAUCUAAAGGAAGACCCUAUGAAACUAAAUUUUUGGCUGGAAGAUCUCUACACCCCGGGCUUUGACGUCCUCCUGAAGAAGAAAGAAGCAGAACUGAAAAGAAACAAGAUGUGUAAAAUAUUGACUUUGGUCCUUCUGUCUAUUUGCCUACUUGUGAUCGUCAUUGCAGUACCAAUUGUGGUGACAUGAAGUAAAGACUGAUUUGUGAAACCAUAGCAAUGACUCUGAACUUCUCCCACGUGGACAUUACACAGAUCUAUCUGUGCAUUCAGUGCUUGUAUUGUUUGAAUAUUGAACGAGUUUGUUCAAGGGUGUAAUUCGAAGCAGUACAACGCCCCUAGGACAUCCUACAGAACAGUAGUGCCACCAAGUGGCCUGAAACCCAUGUGAAAAUAUGGCUUUUUUAAAACAGUAGUUGUGCCGGAGUAUGAUAAUUUCUGCUAGACCGUGCAUAAUAUAACUAUUUUUAAUAUAUAUAUUUUCAAAAACACUCUGUUGCCAUUUCAUAUCUCAGGACUACCUGUGGAGCUCCAAUGAAUUGUAAUAAUUGAUGUUAACUUUAGCAUUAGGUGAAAUUAAACUCCAGAAAGAUGUUGAUACUGCAUAAAUGUCUUAAUAGGUUCGCAUAAUACAGAGAUCCAAAUUGGUAACACAUUGAGAAAAUACAAUUUAUACAUUAUUUAAGCAUUAUAAUGACCAAAUGUUUUCCUUUUGCAGACCUUCGAUAAUAUGAAAAUUGUUCAUAGGUGGGGAUCAUCUUGAAAUACAGCAUGGUUCCCUUAUUUACUAUGCCCUCAAGAUGUGUACUAUUUGUCAUUGUGAACUGUCUGUAGUUAUUAUUUUAUCAACAUGUCACAGAGAAUCAUGUGUACAAAGUUUUGUACUGUCCUCUCACUCUCGUUCACACACUCGCAUAUCUUGAUGAUGAAUUUCAGUCUAACUGUAAUUAUCAAGGCAGAAUUCAUAUUUUGUAUGAGUUACUGUGUCUCAUCUAUGCUAGCCUACAUUCCAUUCAAUCUAUUCACAUACUGCUAUGCAUUG